GUCUUGGACGCGGACCUCAGGUUUGUGGGAUACAAGAACCUGUACGCGUGCGACAACCCGGUCCUUUCCCAUGUCGCCGGCGGGAAAUCCGAGUCUCGCUAGUGGCGUUGGCGAAGCGGUUGGCUGACCAUAUCCAGGCUAACCCUGCGACAUGAUGGACGACGGCAGACAAUUUGGCGCAGGUCCUCUUGGCUUAUCCUGUCCUGAUCAGCCGCGAGAGCGACUCCACAGUGUGCUCCCACGUCCUGUCUACACCUAUUCCCCACUCCCCGUUUGAUGAAAAAGGUCCCUCCCCAGAAAUACCCGGGUGGGCCCCAGAAGCAUAUGUACCCCAGACGUUUACAAGCUCCCCCAGAGCCCCUGGCCUAGGGAUCCAAAGCUCAAGGGACUCAGUCGCUACCACUAAGUUAACAUGUUUGAAGCCGUCGGCCCCUACUCAUUCACCCUAUUUACGCGGUAUCUGGGCUGGUCACACCCUGAGAUCAAGGUCCUCGUCGCGGGUAUGCGCAAGGAACUGCGCGAUUUCUACACCUACCAUCUCUACACUGAGGUACAUGUCACUUACGGCCAGCGGCCGGAGACAGAUUGAUCUCAUGCGGGCACGAUAUAUACAAUUCGGUUGACCGAUGCUUGAUGACCCUUUACUCUUGGAUUACUUUUGAUAUCAUCUUGUGCUGUUGAGUAUGUUAAUCUUGAUUCCCACAUUUUUGUUCAUCACCAUGAC